CGGGGCGGGACGGGGCGGGCGGCGCCGCCAUGGACGCGCUGAGCCGGGCCGAGCCUCGGCCCCGCCGCGCCGCCGCCUCCCCCCUGCCCUGGGGCCGCUUCGCCGCCUGGAUCGACUGCGUGUGUGUGGUGACCUUCGAUCUGGAGCUCGGGCAGGCCAUGGAGGCUCUGCUCUCUCCACAGCUGGUUUAUCCCCACGACUUCAGGCUCACUGAGAAGGAGAAAACCAGCAUCUGCUACCUGUCCUUCCCAGAUUCCUACUCAGGUGGCCUUGGGGACACCCAGUUCAGCUUCCGGCUGCGCCAGGCCGGGGGUUCCCGGAGCUCCCCGUUCCAGGAUGACGGGAGGUACAACCGGGAGGCCCCUCUGACCCUGCAGCGAGAGGCCGCUCACUAUUUUGGCUACGUGUACUUCCGGCAGGUCAAGGACAGCUCCAUGAGGAGGGGCUACUUCCAGAAGUCCCUGGUGCUCGUGUCCCGCCUUCCCUACGUGAGGCUGUUCCAGUGCCUGCUCCAGCUGAUCGCUCCGGAAUACUUCGACAAGCUGGAGCCGUGCCUGGAGGCAGUGUGCAACGAGAUCGACCAGUGGCCGCCGCCGGUGCCUGGGCAGACGCUGAACCUGCCGGUGAUGGGAGUGCUCAUCCAGGUGAGGAUCCCGUCGCGGGUGGACAAGCCCGGAUCCAGCCCGGUGAGGCAGUGCAACCAGGAGAACCUGCUACCAGCACCCCUGGUCCUCCCCAGCGUUCAUGAGCUGGAUCUGUUCAGAUGUUUCCAGCCCGUGCUGAUCCACAUCCAGAUGUUGUGGGAGCUGAUGCUGCUGGGGGAGCCCAUGGUGGUGAUGGCACCGUCCCCAAGCGUGUCCUCAGAGAUGGUCCUGGCCCUCACCAGCUGCCUGGCCCCGCUCCGUUACUGCUGCGACUUCCGGCCCUACUUCACCAUCCACGACAGCGAGUUCAAGGAGUACACCACACGGACCCAGGCCCCCCCCAACAUUGUGGUGGGUGUCACCAACCCCUUCUUCAUCAAAACCCUGCAGCACUGGCCCCACAUCCUGCGCCUGGGGGAGCCCCGCACGGCAGGGGAGCUGCCCAAGCAGGUGAAGGUGAAGAAAUUGGCCAAGCUGAAAACCCUGGACACAAAACCAGGAAUCUACACUUCCUAUAAAACAUUCCUGCACAAAGACAAAACCCUGAUCAAGAGGCUGCUAAAGGGCAUCCAGCGGAAGCGCCCCUCGGAGGUGCAGAGCGCUCUGCUGAGGAGGCACCUCCUGGAGCUCACCCAGAGCUUCAUCAUCCCCCUGGAGCACUACAUGGCCAGCCUGAUGCCUCUGCAGAGAGCCAUCACCCCCUGGAAGAAUCCGCCCCAGAUCCGCCCGUUCUGCCAGGAGGAUUUCAUGAAGAGCCUGGAGCACGCGGGGCCCCAGCUCACCUGUGUGCUCAAGGGGGACUGGCUGGGGCUCUACAGGAGAUUCUUCAAAUCCCCCAAUUUCGAUGGUUGGUUCCGGCAGCGGCACCGGGAGAUGACACAAAAGCUCGAGGCUCUGCACCUGGAGGCCAUCUGUGAGGCGGACAUUGUGGCCUGGAUGAAGGACAAGUCUGAGGUGGAGAUCGUGGAUCUGGUGCUGAAGCUCCGGGAGAAGCUGGUGAGGGCUCGGUGCCAGCAGCUGCCUGUGAGGGAGGAGACGCUGCACAGGGUGGAGCUGUACAUCAGCACCAUCAUCAGCUCGCUGCCCCAGGACCUGCAGGCUGUGCUGCAGCACCCAUGAGCACCCCUGGGUGCCCCAGAGCAUCACUGAGUACCCAAAGGCUGCCCUGCAGCACCCAUGAGCACCCCUGGGUGACCAGAGCAUCCCUGAGUGCCCAAAGGCUGCUCCUGCAGCACCCCUCAGCACCCCUGGGUGACCAGAGCACCCCUGGGUACCCCUGAGCAUCACCGAGUGCCCUGAGCAUCCCUGAGCACCCCUGGGUGCCCUUGAGCAUCACUGAGCGCCCAGAGCCUGCUCCUGCAGCACCCAGAGCCUGCUCCUGCAGCACCCAAAGCACCCCUGGGUGCCCUGAGCAUCACUGAGCACCCAGAGCCUGCUCCUGCAGCACCCCUGGGCACCCAGAGCAUCCCUGAGUGCUCAG